AGACCUUAUUCAACUUGAUAAUUGAGAAUGAAUACCACUUUCAAGAAUAUUGGAUAUCAGUAAAUGUCAUUUCUUUUUCUGUUGACACUUUCAAAAUAAGGUAGAUAUAUCUCUGCCUUAGAGCUGAUCCUCUAGAAGUGGUGACACUUUGGCUGACUAAUUACACAAUAUGGAGCUAGCCUACUCUUCUACUUCAAGCUCGGAUUCUGGUUCUGACAGCAGCAGUUCAACAGAUGAAAGUGAUUUCCAAAUUUCAUCAUGGACAUACAUCUGUAGAUCAUUUUCUGACUUGUUGAACUCGGGUGAUCAUAUUGAUGUAGAAACUAUAUACAAGUCUGCAGAACAAGCAUUCUUAAAUGAGGAACCAGUGAAUUCAAUUAAACUUUUUUCUUUGGGCUUAAAACAACAUGCUGCUGAAAUUUGGAGUCAACACCUCGGCCCAGAAACAAGGAAAAUCCUACCUUCCAAUAUAGUAGAUCAUAUUUGCCUUGCAAUUAAUCAGUGUGCGAUAUAUGUUGCAAAUGAGUUUAGAAAUAGUAGGCAAAUAAGUAUAAUGAAGCAGAGUGUUAUACAGGCAUUGGAGAAUAUUUUAGAUCUCUGCAACAAGCUGUUGAUAGAAAACACCAGUCUUUUGUGUAGUGCUGCUUCACUCUAUUUCAGGUAGGACUUUUUGUUUAGUUCUGAACUGCAUGUUAAAAACUUAUUAAGCAUAAAUGGUUACUUGAAUUUGGAUAGGGUAGCAGUACUUAAACAAGGCUACAGUAAAAAAAAAUUGCAUUGCUUUGUCAUCAAUUUAAGUAAAAUGCCAAAUAAUUUUAAAAAAUGAAUUUAUUGAAAAAUUUCUUGAAAAUGCCAUGCCACCUAAGAGUAAUGCCUUAUAAUAAUGACAUUGGAUUUUUUUCCCUUCAUUUUUCAGCUUAAAAGAGCAUAAAAAGGGCUUUAAAAUGGCUACCAAAGCUGUGCUGAGAGAGCCUUCAUCCAUUUUAGCCCAAGAGACAUAUGAGAAUAUCUGUUGCCAUCUUGUGGAAAGGUGGCAUUUCGCAAUGCUGAAUGAUAAAUCCAGAAAUCAAGCCUAUCAAUAUGCUCUUUGUGACACUAUUAAGAGAAUGGUUCCAAGCCCCAACAUCUGUGAUGUAGGAUGUGGGACUGGGCUGCUGAGGUACAAAGUUGUAUAUAAAAAUAUAAUUGAAAGAUUGCUUUAGUCUUAUUAGAAAUACAACUUUUUUUCUAUCUACAUUGCAGAUGCUUUCAAAAAGUUUCACUUAAGUGUCUUUUUUUAAAUCAGUCUUAUUGCAGGGGAGCAUUUUAACUGUGGCAAAGUAUUUGCCAUUGAAAAAUCUUCUGUCAUGUGCAGUGUGGCUAAUGAGGUUUUUGAUGCAAAUCUUAACAAGGAGCAUGCUAAAAGGGUCAAAGUAAUCAAUAAAAUGUCAACACAGAUGUCAGUUCCUGCUGAUAUGUCCCAAAGGUAAUUUAUGCAAGAUAAAAUCUCUACUGGAAAAGAUUUAGAUAAAUGUAAAGAAUAUUUGUUUUGUUCUUUUCAAACAGGCGAAUCUCCAUUACUAUUUUUAAUGGGAAAAAAAAUUGAUUUUCACAGAGUCUAGUAUAUUAAAAGAGAAAUGAAACAAUCUAUAAUAUACCACAUUGAAAUACAAAAUGCAACAUUGCAAAAACUAUACGAGAAUACCCAUUACAUAACUAACAACCAUAAACAACACAGGCCAAUUUACAUCCACAAGAUAAUAGCUAGAUCGACAACAUCAUCCCAGCAGGUGUUUGCGAAAUAGAUAUGUCUUCAAAUCAGUUUUGAAAGACUCCAGUGCCUGGCUGUUUCUGAGAGCGACAGGAAGGGUGUUCCAAAUUGUUGGGCCAGCAAAUUAUUUUAAUAUGUAGAAUUUCCAAAAUACCCUUCAAAAUGUAUAGUUGAUAGCAUUUUUUUUAUUUGCUACUUCUUUAAAAGUAUUAUAAUUAAGAAGUUAACUUUGAAAAUCAAUUGUAAUGAUGGCAAUUUUUUUUUUCAUUUUAAUAUGUAGGAUUACUGAUCUAUGUCAGCACUGCAUUGAAGGUACAUUACUCAAAUAAAAUCAGACAUAGAAAUAAAUUUAUUAAGCUAUACCAUAAACAUUGAAAUGUAGGAAUAUUUGUUUAGAGCAGACAUCCUGGUCACGGAGACAUUUGAUGCAGGUCUGUUUGGGGAAGGAAUUUUGCCCACCUUGUGUCAUGCCUGGACAAAGUUAUUAAAAAAUGAAAGUACCCUACAUGUAAGUAGCUCUGGCUACAUGUGUUAAUUAAACAUGUAUAGAAUUUAUUUAAAAAGGGAAAUGCAGACAGUAAAGGAAAAAGGAUAAAAUUAUUUAAAUGUAAAAAAUAAAAAACAAACAUAAAAGUGAAUUUGCAAUACAUAAUUUUGUAAAUUUCAAUGUUAAUUACUGUAUAUCUUUUACUGAGUUUGCUUCCAUCAUUUCGUUGAGUUCUCCCCCCCCCCCCCCCCUCCCAGUUUGACACUAUUAGUAUUAGUAUAGCAGGGUUUCUCAACCAGGAGUUGAGAAGACCCAGAAAAUCUGCUUUAUUUGCAUUUUUCUUAGCAUUUUUUUUUUUAUCAUGAGGGUGCCACAAAUAUUUUUGAAAUCAUAAGUGGGUGUGGUGUUUCAAAAAGGUUAAGAACCACUCAGUUAUAGCCUCAUGUUAAAUGGCAUAGUUAGACAAAUAUUGAAUAAAAACAAAAUAUUUUUUAUUCCAGCGUGGAGUGGUCAUUCCAUGGAGAGCAGAGCUGUUCUUGCAAAUAGUGGAGUCAGAGUUUAUCUCAAAUGAAAACAGG